AUGACAUUGUUAGGCAAGGCGGUGCAUAUUUCUAUCGACCUGGUUCUUGUGUCUACGUGUCUGGCUGGAAUCCGGCGCAACACAGGACUGACGGUCAAGCUGGACAAUGUCCAGGACAACUUCAUCAAGGACUAUACGGAGAAGCUGUUGAACGUCGGGGAAUCGGCGUUUGACUACGCGGUUGCGUACUGCGGGUCAUCGAGCUCAUUCCAGCGGAAAUAG